AUGCAUCGAGUCAUCGUAUCGAUCACCCUGGUGGGAACGCAGGCGAUGGUGGCGGCGGCCACCAACGCAGCCAUCAACGCCGCCAAUGCAGUCCCUGACGUCGCCGUCUCUAGAACGGCUCCGGUUGCUAUCCCCCCUCCUGCGCCCCUUCCUGUGCCCCCGGGCCUUCCUGCUCCCCCCCCUGCUCCAGUCAACGCCCUGCCACCAGCCCGCUCAGGGGCGCAGUUGAAGGCGGCAAUCAGCCCUAUCCUCAGCGGCAACACCCCGACAGAGGACAAAAUCCUCGCAAUUAAUGGUGUCCUGCUGGAGGAGACCGCCGGGGUGGGUCACAGUGUGGUGGAGAGUCGGCACUAUGUUGAGAAUCUCUUGGCGUGGUGGUUCGCCCGUUGCCGCCCUACCAUUGACAAAGAGCUCACCGGGCUCUCCAUACCGGAAGUCCGGGUGUCCUUGGGCUAUACAAAGGCCCUCAAUAAUGUGAAGGGCCAGCGCGUUAACCACAGACACAUGUUGCUGUGGGUAUUGGUACACUUCAUCCUAACGUUUGAUUUCUACCUUCGAAAUGAUCAUAGGACAUCCAGAAGAGCCAUCAGGGACCAUUUCGUGCUGGCCGAGGCACUGCAACCUCUCGAGAACAAGAGCGAACCGAAUGCCUACCACUCCAUAGCCCUCGAUGUCUGCGCUCUUCAUCUGCUCAUAGAAAACGCGAAGACAUUGCAAGCGAUGCAGUCCAGGUCUGCGACGUUCAUUAGAGGUCUGUACAGUCCCAUCUCCCCGAACGAGAGCAGGGCAUGGGGUGGUAAGAGAUUGCCAAAUCUUGUGGUAUGCCAGGGCUAA